AGGACAGGCUCUGGGAGCCAAUUCGCGUCCACAUGGACACCAGCGCUUUGGAAACCCAGAUAGCUAGUCCUGCACAGAUCUUACCUUCAGGAUGAUGUUUUGCCGGCAGCUGGUAGGUGGCUCUCCAAAGUGGUGCGGGUGCUGCCGGUCAUGGGCAACCUGAAGCUUGAGCAGCAUUGCAACUGGGUUUCCACCGUCACUAAGCAGUGCAUGAGCGUCGCACCAAACUUUCAGGAGUGCGGUACGACGACAAUACCACGGGAGCACUUCGCCGACAAGGAGUAUUUCCCCCAUGGAAAGCUUGGAGGCUGUGAGACAUCACGCGGUGGCAGUGGAAUUCCCAAUGCGGAUCUUGUGAUAUACAUUACAGCCCUGCAAGACCAGUUCUGUGCUGGCAGUACCGUAGCUUAUGCAAGUGUUUGUCGACAGGCAGAGGAUGACCGGCCUGUAGCAGGCUAUUUGAACUUUUGCCUUGGGCGCUUGGCAGAGACGCGGCAGUGGCAUCAGGAUGUCGCUGUAGCGCUUCAUGAGAUUCUGCACUCCAUGGCAUUUUCCUCUUCGCUCUUCCCCUACUUCCGUGAUGCCGAUGGGCAACCGCUAACCGCUAGAGACGAAUGGGGUCAUCCGCCCUUGAAGGCUAGUAGUUCGACGGUUCGAGAGGAGAUUGUGGAUGGCCAACUGCGCCACUUCUUGGUUUUACCCAAGGUAUUGCAAGCUGCGCAACACUACUUUGCCUGUGACACUCUCGAUGGCAUCCCGAUGGAAGAGCAGGGCGGCGAUGGCACGGCUUUUUCCCAUUGGGACGCACGGAUUAUGCAUACCGAGGUGAUGUCACCAGAGAGCAGCAGCAUUCCGCGGAUCUCAGAUCUCACUCUGGCGCUCUUGGAGGACAGCGGCUGGUAUAAGGUACAUGGAGGAGCCUCGUCGAAAGGCUGGAUGGGCUGGAGGAUUGCAAGUGUGAGAUACUUGCACCUGUUGUGGCAUGUUUGGGUGCAAAAGGCUCGGUGGCUUCGCCCGCUACGCAACUUGGACGCAGGUCUAAGAAAUGAAUGUGGCGAGUGCCCAUCGAUGGUUGGCUACUGCCCUACUGUGGAGCCAUUCUGGUUCUGUAAGGAGAGCACUGCCUACACGCAAAUCGCUUCAUAUCGAUAUGGAGAGACGCUUGGGGCAUCGUCGCGCUGCGUGCUAUCAACAGUCACAGAGCAAGGCUAUCAACAGCCACCAAAAGCCCUUGGGACAUGUCGAAAUGUCUUCUGCGAAGAAGGUGGGCUGAAGAUUCAGAUUGGUAGCGGGGAGGACUUCGUAGAGUGUGCACCCUCAGAUGUUGGCAAGAGGAAGGAUGUCUCCGGACUGUUUGGAGGUUAUGUGCUUUGCCCCGAGUACUCCACGCUUUGUGGUGCCACUGGAGCCCAUGGUCCGCGUCGGGGUCAGGAAUGUCUCUUCCCUGGUGUCAUGCGUCAUGGUCGCUGUGUGUGUCCUCCUGGUUCCCUUGGUGCCGACUGCAGUGUGAGUGAUACGAAGGAGAAUCGACAGAACUAUCCUUUUGGUUUACGAUAUCCUCAGCAAGAGUUCCUCUUGAAGGUCGGCGUGCCCUUGUCGCAGAGCCCUGGCCUUGUAGCUUGGCCUGUACGGCCGAGCCUGCUGGAUGGCCCCAACUUGAUGAGCUUCAGAGUCUCUCCGGAGCCGCAGGGGGCCGAAAGUGUGGAGGAGUUGCCAUAUGGUCUCGAGCUUUUAGACGGUGUUCUCAGUGGUGAGCCUUUAGCAUCUUCCCCGCGGCAAGCCUAUGUGAAGCUUGGUGCAUGGGGUGGGAAACCAGCUUGGAAAAUCAGACGCUGCAGCCAUCAGAGGAGGAUUUCCACGGUUGACUUGGCCACAGCCAUGAAGAAUGGAAAGAAAAGCCUGACCAUCACUCCAUAUGGACCGAACAAGGGUUUGGAAAGGUUGAAGUACGAGUACCAAGGAACUACCUAUAUCACCGAUAUCCAUGGGCAACGUCAACUCACAUGCUGGGCAGAAGGCAUGACUUUUCUGGAACUUCCGAUCUCGCCAGACCGUGAGCCAUACCUGAAAGAGCACCGAAACUUUCUGAAAGAGCACCCAGGCAACAUUUCAAAUCACAACAUCUUCGUUGUGGACCAAAGUGGGUCUAUGAAAUUGAGUGACGUCCCUGGAGCCAGAAAUCGUCAUUUUGCAGUUUUCUCCUCGAUCUUGCUGGAUUAUAUUUUGGAAUCCAUCAAAAAGAAGGAGGCAAAUGACGGCCAUGAUGUGAUCACGAUCAUGGCCAUGCGGGACGCCACUUGUGUGGUUCUUGACCAAGAGCCCCUGGAUGAGCUUACAUACAACAAAGUCAUCGGUUUGAUGAAGAGCUUGCGGCCAAGGGGCCAGGGCAAUUACAUCCCAGCUUUCCAGAAACUAUGCAACAUGUUAGUUCGCCCAUUCAGCUCAAGAGGCAGCAAGACAAGCCCUAACAUGCUAACCAAGGUUAGGGUAGUUUUUCUCACCGACGGUCGGCCAAGCGACCAGAAGAAGAAGAUAGGCUCAGAACUCCAUUCUCAUCAGUUGUCGCAGUCAGAGUGGGUCCUUCAGCGAGUUGUCGAAUGUGUUCAAAGGAUUGCUUCAAGUCUUACCAACCGAUGUUCCUUUACAUUUGUGUCCUUUGGUGCAGCAUCUUCGGGCAAGAGAAUUCAUGACUUUCUUGUGAAGUUGCGUGAUGCAGCCAAACAAGCAGGAUCCGAUGCUGAAGCCGUUGAUGCCGAGACCUCCACAGAGAGAUUGGGAAGUGUUUUGACAUCGGUAUCCUCCACAGCAACAGCUCACUGCACAGCUUUAGGACGAGGACACAGUCUGGAACCCAGACGUUUGCUGGCACUAGAUCAGCGACUUCCCUUGCUAGAACAGAUUCAGGAGCUAAAUCGACACAGACGCCCCAACUUGAAAGAUUUCGACGUGCUUUCCAUGUCGACGAACGCAUUGAAACGGGUGGUUUUCAAGAGAAGAAAAGGAGAGAGACCUGAGGCCGUGCCAAAAGGUUUGAAGUACCGUGCCGCUGACGGCCUUGCACUUUUGAAGCGGCCUUUUGCAAAAGGUGGUGAACGGUAUGCUUUCAUCGCAAGGGAAGUAGCAGGCUCCAGCAAUCCUUCAACUUGCAGAUUUGUGGGUGACUGGCUUGUCGCCAAACAACCCAGCAGGCAUCGCGAAGCUCAAGAUGGGAGCAAAUCAAGCCCGUGGUUUCCACGUCAUGUACACCAGAUUGCAGAAGAAAGCAAGCCACUUAGCUGACAAGUUCAACCUUCGCUUGGAAUGGCUUGAUAAGUGCUUGACUUGCCAUUUGCCGCGAGUUGAAUUUGUGGAUUGCUUCGUUUACACAUGGGAGCCUUGCCGUGAAGGACGGCUUGACCAAGAAUCAAAUGCAGAGGUGAAUUGGCUGGCAGAGUCAGAGUGUCUCAUUGAGCCACUGCUUGAUGCUAGUCAAGACUAUCUCAAAUUCAACUCCAACUACGGGUAUGUCGGUCAAGGUGCGGACACAGCGCAGAAAAGUGCUGCUGACGUUGCUUGGUUGCUCCACUCACAUCAGGGUACUCUUCAGAAUUCUACCUUGCCGGCAAUGGGUGAAGAUGAGGAGGAUGAAGAUGAGGAGGAACAUGAAAACACCGCUGUCGAUGCGAUGGCUGGCAAAUACAAAUGGUCAAAGCCCACACCAGAAAUAGGGCAAAAACUGAAUGGUUUGCAUCCUUGUGAAAUUGCCCAAACCUUUUCUCACUACACCUUCCACUUCACCAAACGUAUGUGCCUCGUCGUGGACUUGCAAGGCAAAGUGCUCCUAGAUAGUCAAAGCAGAAGAGUUCUGAAAUUGACAGACCCUGCCAUCCACACCUCGUACUUUGACACAGAUUGGAACAGAAGGUGGAUUAGACGGUAUGGCAGGACCGAUAAGGGUGACAAAGGAUUUUGUGAAUUCUUCAAAAAUCACCAGUGCAAUGACCUCUGCGAAAUCCUCGGGCUUAGCUAAUUUAGCAAGGGCAAAUGUCCGGCAGUACGUUGAUGACAUUUUCCUUGAGUCAGCGCUUUCCAUCACGCUAUAAAAGCAAGACGGCAAGCGAAGAAAGCAAACAGUGCACAGAG